CGAAGUAGGAAUUGCACUACAGUUGAGUGGCUUCGUUUCUUUCUUUCGUUGACAUUCCGCAGAGAUGGCGUCCAACCAUUCUAACUAUCCUUCCUCUUCUUCCAAUCGGAGCUGCUACAAUUGUGGCCAACUCGGGCCCUUCUCUCGGUUCUGUCCGUUUCCUGAUAGAAGGAUGAGUGGGAAUCCUGUCCCGUCUAAACCCAGUACAGCGAUUGUCCCUGUUCAGCAACCGAUACUUACUCUUCCUACUGAUGUUAACAGCAAUUUGGGUGGUGCUAGUAACACUGAUCGUCAGUAUCACGGAGGGCAGUACCAUGGCGGUCAGCACCAUGAUAACGGAUGGCUUCGCAAUCGAGUUUUCACACUUGAGGGGCAAGUCGCCGAAAUAAAGAGUCGGCAUGAUGCUGAGGUGGCUCGUGAAAACCAGAAGAAGGAUGAAGAAGAGAAGUUGAAGCGGGAGAAAGUAGAGGAGGAAAAAAGGCUCAAGGAGAAAAAGGAUCGUGAAGAAUUCCAUUUGGCGAUGAGUGAGAAGAUGACAAGUAAGCUAGAUUUGAUGUGCGAGAUACUGUUGKGUAAGAAGGGUAAGGAGGCAGAUGAAGGAGUCUCAAAACUACGAGAAGAGAUUGGCGAGCUCAACAAGCGUAUGCAAGAGAGGACCAGUCMCACGAUUACCACACAAGCCACACUGGAGUURGAUGCGAUGGAACACUUGCGAAAAGAACGAGAGGAGAGAUCGAAAUUGGAGAUGCGACUCUCUGCGUUGGAAAGAGAGACUCACGAGCUCCGGAAGUCUAAGGAGCUGGCGCAGGCGCAGGCCGAUCUGUGGAAAGACGAAGCACUAAGGCCGGGAGUCAAGCGUACUCGUCGGGGCUUGGCGGUGACUCCGAGUCCGUGCAAACAUAUUCACGAGACUCUUGACAAUGGCACGCAGGUGGCCGCUCAACGGGACGAGUACGUGAAAGGAGUUAUUGAGAGGCAUGCUAUGGAAGUUACAGCGUUGAGGGAGUCAAGGGCACGGGAGUUGAACGGGAGGCRUGAAGCGGAACAAGAACUCGAGAAGGUGAAGGAGUCACUAGCUCGUCUGGAGAUGGAGAAGAGGCAGCUUGCCGGAACAAAUUUGAAAGAGAAGAUGGAUGCAGUCGUGAUUGCCUCAGCGGGCAAGUCCGGCAGAGGAAAGGCGCGUCAGAGUCCACACGUGCGAGCUAARGACCGAGAAACUUUUCUGAAGGAGAYAAGGAAGUUUUUGAAACCCAAGAAGAAGGACGAAAUCAAGGCCAUGUGCGAGAAAGAGAGCAUACCGUACACUAAGCUGGAAGAAACCAAGGAAGAACUGGCCAAUCGGCGUGUACCCUUGGCAUUUGAUGGUGGUCAACGUGGUGAAGCAAAAGGGAAAGGUAUUUGUAUAGGUGAUAGUAAUGACGCGUCGGGGGCAAACGAUGAUGAAAACAGUAAAGAGGCUAGUGGAGAUGCCGGUUCGUCGUGAAGUUAUCCCCGAACGCAGCAACUCUUUGGAAAUUAGCGAGGCAAUGCUCWRGGAUUCGUUCCCGCUCUGUUGAUUUGUUACRUUGUAAGAUACUGAAUGUGCUAUUUUGUUCCAUUACGCUGCAAUUGAUUC